GCACGGGAAGAAGAAGCGGCUCUUGCUCACGCUGUCUGGUGGUGGUACUGUGGCUGGCUAACCAUUGCUCUGUAGUACAUUAUGGCUGCUUCAAAGCCAGUCGAGCCGCAGUCCGGGACUGGACUACCCCGCUGGCAGCUGGCACUGUUAGUCGGGACUCCCAUCGUGCUGGGAGUGGGGGCGGUUUACCUCUGGAACCGCAGCAGGACGAAGGAAAGGAAAGGGACCGGGGAGCGGAAAACACCAGAAGGUAGCGCCAGUCCCGUGCAGGGCCAAGACGGCGCAGCUCGAGCCAGUCGAGAGCAGGAGAACAUGAGCCCCUUGGAUCGGGCCCAAGCAGCAAAGAACAAGGGCAACAAGUACUUCAAGGCUGGCAAAUACGAGAAUGCCAUCCAGUGCUACACAGAGGCCAUUGCUCUCUGUCCCACAGAGCAGAAGGCUGAUUUAUCAACAUUUUACCAGAACAGAGCAGCAGCCUAUGAACAGCAGAUGAAGUGGACAGAAGUGGUACAGGACUGCUCUCAGGCCGUGGAGCUAAAUCCACGCUAUGUUAAGGCUCUGUUCAGGAGGGCUAAAGCUCUGGAAAAACUAGACAACAAGAAGGAGUGCUUAGAGGAUGUCACAGCAGUGUGUAUUCUUGAGGCUUUCCAGAACCAACAGAGCAUGCUGUUAGCAGACAAAGUACUGAAACAGCUGGGGAAAGAGAAGGCCAAAGAGAAGUACAAGAACCGUGAGCCGAUGAUGCCUUCUCCUCAGUUCAUCAAGUCCUACUUUAGCUCAUUCACUGAUGACAUCAUCUCACAGCCCCUGCAGAAGGGCGAGAAGAAAGAUGAAGACAAGGACAAAGAGGGCGAGGCAGCUGAGGUCACCGAGAGCUCUGGCUACCUGAAGGCAAAGCAGUACAUGGAGGAGGAGAACUAUGACAAAAUCAUCAGCGAAUGCACCAAGGAGAUCGAGUCAGGUGGUCGGUACACUGCUGAGGCCCUGCUGCUGCGCGCCACCUUCUUCCUGCUGAUUGGUAACGCUACUGCUGCUCAGCCUGAUUUGGACCGGGUAAUCAACAUGCAGGACGCCAAUGUGAAGCUACGAGCCAAUGCUUUGAUCAAGCGUGGAAGCAUGUACAUGCAGCAGCAGCAGCCUCUGCUUUCUACACAAGACUUUAACAUGGCGGCAGAGAUUGACACACGCAACCCUGAUGUGUAUCACCACAGGGGUCAGCUGAAGAUCCUGUUGGACCAAGUGGACGAGGCAGUGGGAGACUUUGAUGAGUGCAUCCUGCUCAGGCCGGACUCUGCUCUGGCCCAAGCACAGAAAUGCUUUGCUCUAUACAGACAAGCAUAUACUGGAAACAACCCAACACAGGUACAGAAAGCUAUGGACGGCUUUGAGGAUGUUAUCAGGAGGUUCCCAAAGUGUGCUGAGGGCUAUGCUCUUUACGCUCAGGCUUUGACGGAUCAGCAGCAGUUUGGAAAAGCAGACGAGAUGUAUGAUAAGUGUAUCGAGCUGGAACCAGACAACGCUACAACAUAUGUCCACAAGGGGCUGUUACAGCUUCAGUGGAAACAAGACCUUGACUUGGGUCUAGAGCUCAUCAGUAAGGCCAUUGAAAUUGACAACAAGUGUGACUUUGCCUAUGAAACUAUGGGAACCAUUGAAGUGCAGAGGGGGAAUCUGGACAAGGCAAUAGAAAUGUUCAACAAGGCGAUUAACCUCGCCAAGUCAGAGAUGGAGAUGGCCCAUUUGUACUCGUUAUGUGAUGCAGCGUACGCCCAGACAGAAGUGGCCAGGAAGUAUGGGCUGAAACCUCCAACACUGUAACGUCUCUGCCAACUGAUCGCCAAUCUCAGUCUGCAUUGCUGAACAUAACUGUGUUAAAAGUGCAAAUGUCUGACUUUCUUUGAUUUGUCAAAAAAAAUGAGUACUGGAUAAUGUGAGAAAAAGGAAGAGCCCUGAAUAUAUAUAUAUAUAUAUAUAUAUAUACUGUGUUUACAUCACAUUAAAGGGGUUUGUUAUCAUGGAAAAGAAGGAUUUCUAUUCACAAUCAAACCGAGGCUGCCGGGUCAUUGGCUUGGGGGUUGUUUUGGGGGGUGGGCGGGGGGCUUAUUCCACUGGCACUUAAUUCAACCAGAACAUUAUGACCUUUUUAUUGCUCGGAAUAAAGAGAAGGAUUAGGUCAUCCAGUGAGAAAAACAUACAUGAAUGGCCACAUAUACCUGUCUAAAUUACUCGUAAUUAUUUAAAUAGAGAAUUGAAAUGUGCACAGUCUGUUGAAACAUUUACUGACUUUAAGGCUUCUGUGACACUCAGAUCUACAGAAAAUACUCUGAGAGCUUUAUGUAGUUCUAAUGGACUGUUCACUUGUUAAUUUAUGUUGAUCUAAAGUGUUUUUGUCCAGCUACUUCCAUAUUGUAACAUACAUUGUCAGUUUUGGAUGCAAGAUUAAAAUUGUAGUCAAAUGUCUGUGUUUGUAAUGCUGGAAUUGAUCCCGGGAAACGGGGCAACAGAGAGGUUAGUUUAGUGUGUUCAAGUGUUUUUUUUUAAUGAUGGGAUGGCCUGUUUUCUUUUUUUUAUAUACUUUGUUCAGCAUGUUCACUUUAUAAAUGUAAAUGCAUUGCUUGUGCUGUCUUUAACACUAGGAAAGCCCCAACUAUAAGAUACUUUUGGCAAAAAAUUUAACCAGCUUUGUCUUUAGUUUUAUGAAAAUGUUAUUUUUGAAUUGCCCGCGUGUCAGGAGAUGUCAGUGUUUUUUCCUAGCUCACUUUAAGAAACAUGAUUUAUUUUCUAUUUUAUGGUAAAAUGUUUAUUUUCAUGCUACAUUUGGUUUCAUCUUUUGACAGAGUAGACGUAAAGACAGUGAUUUUAUCUUAUUUUUUCUUUCUCUCCUUUUCAAAUUAUCUUCUCACAACCCCAGGCCUUACUGUUUCCAGCCUACAUGCAGCCCUGAGAAUCUCUUGGUACAGUGUAUGAUUUGGUUCUCAAGUAGCAUCCAUACACUGUAAAAAUAAAUAAUAAUAGUAAUGUUAAAUGAAAAAAUAAAAAGCCACCGCUGCUGAAUGUUUGUAUGUUAGAGACACUUUCAAUUUUUAGAAAAACUAAAUUGAAACAUCCGGCAUUCAUUCAUGUAGCAGCAGUAAUGGCUGUAUUUCAUUGAAUGUGUGGUAAUACCAAAGAACCAAAUCAUGCAUUCCAGCUGCAGUUGGUGGGGAUUACUUCACAUCAAAAAUCAUCUUUCUCAAACUUAAAGAAACAAAUGGGGAGUUCAUUUGGGAGAAACCUUCAGCAGUUAAUCUGCAGAUAUCCACUGAAUUCAGGCUGCUUGAUAGAAAGUCAGCGAUGUGUAUGGUGACCAAAGUGAAAGAAUAUGAAUGCUAAUAAAGUUAUAAUUCCUGGAA